AUGUCCAAGAUGGACGAGAGCGACGAGAAGAAGCGGCCGGACGACGUGCAGGGGACAGAAGUCGAUCCCUCGAGUUCCUUUGAAACCAUCACAGCUCUGGUUGCGGAAGGUAUGGUGAACCCCCUCCUCCACGAUGUGGGCGGAUUUGUGCAUGAUGGGCUAACGAUGAUGGGCGAUAAAACGGCCGUGUUGUUGGCGGGCGAUCAGGUCUGCUUGGCCAUCAUGGCCCAAACGUGGUCUCUCUCCGUCCUUGGAUGGGUGCCCGGCAUCAUCACCAUGGUCCUCGCAGGAAUCCUGUUCUGGAUCACCUCGAUUACCAUGCACAAGUACAUCAUGAAAUAUCCGCAAAUCAAGGACAUCUGCGAUUUCGGAUACUACGUUUUCGGGCAGAGCAAGUGGGCGUAUGUCUUCUCGGCAUUCAUGCUCCUUGCCAACAAUAUCCUGCUCAUCGGAUUCCAUGUCCUAACGGGGGCGAAAGUCCUGAACACCUUGUCGGGCCACACCCUGUGCACAGCGGUAUUCUCCGUUAUUACGACUAUCAUGGGUAUUAUCGCGUCCGCACCGCGGACGCUCCACCAUGUCAGCACCAUGUCCAUGUUUUCCUCGGCAUGCAUGGGUAUUGCCAUCCUCCUCUUCCUCAUUUUCGCGGGCAUUGAGAACGCCCCGGGCUACGGAUACAACGGCGACUACCCAAGCGACGGGCCUGUGAAGACCUACGCCUUCCCGCUUCCCGGCACGACCUGGGUCGCCUGUAUGAAUGCCGUGCUCAACGUCACCUUCCUCUGGGUCCCGCAGAUUCUCUUCCCGACCUUCAUCGCGGAGAUGGAGCGGCCGCAAGACUUCCCCAAAGCGCUGGCCGUCCUCUCAGUCAUUUCUGCCGUCCUUUUCAUCGUGCCGCCGGCCAUUGGAUUCCGGUAUCUCGGCCAGUACGCCACAGCUCCUGCAUUUGGUAGUCUGGGUGUGACCGCAUACAAGAAGGCGUCCUUCGGAUUUGUCAUUGUGCCCACGCUCGUCAUCGGCGUGAUCUAUGCCAACGUCACCGCCAAGUUUAUCUAUAACCAAGUCCUGGGCAAGUCCCGGCACGCGCACAGCCAUACCUUCACCGGAUGGAGCGUCUGGGGCUUGAUCAUGGUCGGCAUCUGGCUGCUUGCGUUCGUGUUCUCGGAAGUCGUGCCCAGUAUGGGCGAUUUCCUGUCCCUGCUCAGUGCGGCCUUUGAUUCGUUCUUCGGCUACAUUUACUUCGCCAUCGCCUACUGGCAACUCAACCGGGGCAAGCUAUUCGCCGGUCUACACAGGACGACCAUGACGCUGGUCAACGUCUUCAUUAUGAUCGUUGGGCUGUUCAUUCUCGGGCCGGGACUGUACGCCGCGGUCGAGGCGAUCAUCGCCGAUUACUCAGGGUCUACCACGCCCGCCUUUACAUGUGCGAAUAUGGCUAUUUAA